CUCUGGGCACAAAGUUUUAAUCGGCCCGACCCGAACGCUUGGCCUAAAACCCUACAUAAACCUGAGGGAGGAAUUUUUGCUUUUGUUCGUCCUUCCCACUCCAAUGCUUCCUCUCUUCAAUCCAUUCCUUGGAACCACGCCUCCUGCUUCUCAACAGCAGGUUCCACCAUCCAAUCCUGGCUCUCAUGUGAAUCCCACCGGUGCACUGCCAAACCCAUUGCAAAUGGGUAUGCUUAAUCCCCAAACAUCAAUCCCAUUCAUUCCCAAUAUGCCUAACCAAUUUGGCUUCAUGCCCUUGCAAAAUAACCAUCUGGGUAUGCCCCAUUUGGGUUCUGCUCAGUCCCAUCAGGGUUCCUUCAAUCCACAGAAUUGCGUACCAAAUUUGGGACAGAGUGCGUACCGAAGUAAUCCAUCUCAACCACCUGCCAACUUAUUUGGCCACAAUUCGGCUAUUUUACCCGGAAAUUUGCAAUUCUGUUUGCAAAAUAUGAAUCAAAAUUUCCCUAUGCCUAUGCCGAAUCUUAACCAAGUUGGUCCUUAUAAUGUUCCUCAAGCCUCUCAUCACAUGUUUCAAUUAGCUCAGGCAUUGGGUCCUCAGAGUUCCGGCUUUAUACCUAAUCAGCAGUUCGUUCCAAUGUGUGUUAGUGGAGUUGGGGAGAAUGUUCAUCAAGAUAACCACAAGUUAGGUCCACCUGCGAUGGGCUCAAAUGCAUUGAAGCAGCCACCUAUUGCUAACCCGCAAUUACAAGGGAAUUGGCCUACAAUGGCUACUUCAUCAGUUCAGCCACAACAAACUUGGAAUAACCAGCAACCUUCCAAUUUCAUGAAGUCACAGGGAAAUUUUGUUAAAGAUGCUGGUGUUAACAAUUCAAACCCUAACUGGAAAAAUUCUUCCCGCAAGAACUUCAUGAAGAAUCCAAAAGGAAAGAAUUCACAUUGGGGUUCUAGGAAGUCCCAGUUACAUCAUAUGCAAAAUGCAAGAGGAAAGGCUGGGAUUUCUAAUGAAAAUAGGGGAAAAGGACUGAGCAACAACAUGGCAGGAAAUUUAUGUCGUCCUAAUUUCACCUACCAAGAUAAGGUGGAAAAGAAGAGACCGCUUCCUUUGAACUACACAGAACAAGAAAUUCAGAAUUGGCGUGAAGAACGCAAGAAGAACUAUCCAUCAAAAAUCAACUUAGAGAAGAAGUCAGCCGAAAAGUUAACAAACUCCGAGGUUAUUGAAGCAGAGGUCAAAUCUCGACGCCAGCAACUCAAGGAAAUUUUGGCGAAACAGGCUGAGUUGGGUGUUGAAGUUGCAGAGAUACCACCACACUAUCUGUCAGAUUCAGAGAAGCAGCAAGUGCAUGGAAGGGAAGAGAAUAAUAAGAAGGCAUUUGGUAAGAAGGAGAGAUUUCAAAACAGGGGUAAUAAAAGGAGGCGGCAUGAUAGAAAACAGUGGCAAAGACAUGAUCAGGAAGACGGGUUUACCAAGAAGCAAAGGUUAGCAGGUAAGGAUUCUGGUGACAUGAAUGCAUCUAACCAGCCUCCCUUAAACAAGAAGAAACAAACACUUCUGCAGAAGCUUUUGAGCACAGAUAUAAAGAGAGACAAGAGGCACCUGUUGCAGGUUUUCAGGUUCAUGGCAAUGAACUCUUUCUUCAAAGACUGGCCUGAGAAGCCUUUGAAGUUUCCUUUGGUAGUGGUUAAAGAAACCGGGUGCCAAGGUGAGGUUGUUGACCGGAAAUCCUCGCCUACAAGCAAAGGUGUUCCUCAAGGGGGCAGAAAGACCGCUGCUGAAGAAUUCAGUAAUGUUGAUGAAGCUGAUGAUGCUCAAGCCAAGGAAACAGCUCAUUUUGGUAAGGUAGAAGGUAGCAGUGGAGAUGAAAUUGAGAGAUCUGAAGAAGAGGGAGAAAUCAUAGACUAGGGAGCCCUCUUUCACUUUUCAUAGAUUUUGGUUAUGGUAUGUGUUUUAUGACUGUAAAAGGUUUUGGAAAGUGAUGGAGUGAGUUGAUUUUGAACUAUGUUUACAGAAAGACUUGCUUAUUUUUGUAGCAAUAAAUGAAAAUUUUAAUA